CUUUUUAAUUUCCACGUUUCCGGUGAGUGCAUGUGCUCCGCGAACUCCGCUUGACAAUUGUACUUAAAAUAUCUCUUUUUAAUUUACUUGCAGCGAGUAUUUCGAUACGUUCGUGGUCGUGUUAGUCCCAGCAACUAAGCUUAUUUCGGUAGAAACCUUUGAAACAACUGCUUGAAAAUGGUUGUCAAGAAGCCCAGGCCAAAGAAGAAGCCAGUGACCAAGAAGGUAGCUCCAGCUCCUCUGGCGGUUAAGAAGCCCGUGGUCAAGAAGGUCGUCAACCAGCUGUUCGAGAAGCGGCCCAAGAACUUCGGAAUCGGCCAGAAUGUGCAGCCCAAGCGCGAUCUGUCCCGUUUCGUUCGUUGGCCCAAAUACAUCCGGGUCCAGCGGCAAAAGGCUGUGCUCCAGAAGCGCCUCAAGGUCCCGCCGCCAAUCCACCAGUUCAGCCAGACUCUGGACAAGACCACCGCCGUCAAGCUGUUCAAGCUGCUGGAGAAGUACCGCCCCGAGUCGCCUCUGGCCAAGAAGCAGCGAUUGAAGAAGAUCGCCGAGGCCAAGGCCAAGGGCAAGGAUGUGGAGCCCAAGAAGAAGCCCAGCUACGUGUCCGCCGGUACCAACACGGUCACCAAGCUGAUCGAGCAGAAGAAAGCUCAGCUGGUUGUCAUCGCUCACGAUGUUGAUCCUCUGGAGCUGGUCCUCUUCCUGCCCGCCCUCUGCCGCAAGAUGGGCGUGCCCUACUGCAUCGUGAAGGGCAAGGCUCGUCUGGGUCGCCUGGUGCGCAGGAAGACCUGCACCACCCUCGCCCUGACCACCGUCGACAACAACGACAAGGCCAACUUCGGCAAGGUCCUGGAGGCCGUGAAGACCAACUUCAACGAGCGCCACGAGGAGAUCCGUCGCCACUGGGGCGGUGGCAUCCUUGGCUCGAAGAGUCUGGCCCGCAUCUCCAAGCUGGAGCGCGCCAAGGCCCGCGAAUUGGCCCAGAAGCAGGGUUAAACCAAUCUGCGGCUGAUUUGGGAGAGUUUUAAGUACACAAGAUGGAUGAAAUGAUUUGGGCAAUGUGCGUCCACUGAUUUUGAUAACAAAUAAACAUUUAAGUGUACAA